AAUGUUACUCUAGUUCUCUAAAAUCACUUGUAUAGUCAUUUUUUUCAGAUUUAAAAAAGACGUGAAUAUUACGGAAUGAUCUAAUAUAUUCUCUAAAAUCACUUGUAUAGUCAUUUUCUUUUCAGAUUUUAAAAAAGAUAUGAAUAUUAGAAAAAUGACCGAAUAUCAAAUAAUUAGAAGAACUGGGGCUUCGAAACCAGGUCAUCUGGCCCACCACCAUGUGGAGCUAGGAGGAACACCCUAGACAUUUCUCUUCCCUUUGUAUGCAUAUACCUGUGUUGUGUCGUGUCGUUGUCAAUUAGCCUGCACACUGCACGUUGAGGAAUUUCCGAAUUUGCCGAGCAGCUUCGGUUAAUCACCGGUCGCCCAGGCAAGAUAUACCAACACACCAACUGUUCGACGACGACGACGCCGCAAGAUUUCCCACCGCGACCUCGCCGCCUUCCGCUCUCUCGCUCGCUCGCAUUGCACUCCGUCACGACGCCCCCACGCGGCCACGCGCCGGCGCGCGCAUGCAUGGCGUCCGCGUCGCCGCGCCACGUCGCGUCGUGCCUGUGCCUCCUCCUCCUCGUCACCGCCGCGGCCGCGCAGCGGCUGCCCGUGAAGAGCUACAGCUACGGCUCGUUCUACCGGGACGACCCGUCGGUGAGCUCGCUGCUGUUCCGCGGCGCCGCCGGCGUCAGCAACGGCGCGCUGCAGGUCACGCCGGACUCCCGCAACCUCAACAACUUCCUCUCCAACAAGUCCGGCUCCGUCCUGCUGCCGGAGCCGUUCACCCUGUGGCGCCGCCUCGACGCCGCCGCCGCCGCAGCCGGCAAUGGCAGUAGUACUAGUACCCGCGUGGUGUCGUUCAACACCACGUUCUCCAUGAACGUGUACUACGACAACGAGAGCCGCCCCGGCGAGGGGCUCGCCUUCGUCGUCGCGCCGACCGCCGACGGGCCGCCUCCGGGAAGCCACGGCGGCUUCCUCGGCCUCACCAACGCGACGCUUGAGGCCACCCCGGCCACGAACCGGUUCGUGGCCGUCGAGUUCGACACGUUCAAGGAGCCCGGCGGCUACGACCCCGACGACAACCACGUCGGCCUCGACGUCGGCACCGUCGCGUCGAACAAGACGGCGAGCCUCGCCGGCUUCAACAUCACCAUCGCGACGAACAAGACGGCGCCGGCGAACUACACCGCCUGGAUCGAGUACGACGGCGCGGCGCGGCGCAUCGCCGUGUACAUGGGCGUGAGGGGCGCCCCGAGGCCGGCCACCCCGGUCCUCGCCUCGCCAUUGGACCUCAGCGAGCUCGUCCCGGAGCGAGCCUACCUCGGCUUCACGGCGUCCACCGGCGUCAGCUUCGAGCUCAACUGCAUCCUCGACUGGAACCUCACGAUCGAGACGUUCCCGGCCGACAAGAAGAGCAAAGGGUGGGUCGUCCCCGUCGCCGUCGCCGUCCCCGUCGCCGCCAUCGCCGCCGCGGCCUUCGUCGUGGCGAGGAUGGCGCGCGCGAGGAGAUCCAUGGAGCGGAGGAGGCAGGAGCGGCUGGAGCACACGCUGACCAACCUCCCCGGGAUGCCCAAGGAGUUCGCGUUCGAGAAGCUGAGGAAGGCGACCAAGAACUUCGACGAGCGGCUCCGGCUGGGGAAGGGAGGGUACGGCAUGGUGUACAAGGGCGUCCUCCCCGCCGCCGCCGUCGACGACGACGACGGCCGGCCGCCGGCGGCGACGGAGGUGGCCGUGAAGAUGUUCACCCGGGAUGACGCCAAGUGCGUCGAUGACUUCCUCAAGGAGGUCCAGAUCAUCCACCGGCUGCGACACCGAAACAUCGUGCCUCUCGUCGGUUGGUGCCACAAGAAAGGGCAGCUGCUGCUGGUGUACGAGUACAUGCCCAACGGCAGCCUGGACCAGCACAUUUUCCGGCGAGGCGCCGUCCACGAGCAGCGGCCGGCGCUGAGCUGGGAGAGCCGCCGCGACAUCGUCGCCGACGUCGCCGCCGGCCUGCACUACGUCCACCACGAGUACGGCCCCAUGGUGCUCCACCGCGACAUCAAGGCCAGCAACGUCCUCCUCGACGCCUCCUUCCGCGCGAGGCUCGGCGACUUCGGCCUCGCCCGCGUCCUCGACCUCGACCGCAGCUCCUUCACCGACCUCGGCGUCGCCGGCACGCGCGGCUACAUCGCGCCGGAGUACUCCGUCGGCCACAAGGCGACGCGCCAGACCGACGUGUUCGCGUUCGGCGUGCUCGUGCUCGAGGUCGUCACCGGCCGGCACGCGCUGCUCGGCGACCCGGCGUGCCCGAUGCUGUCGGACUGGGUGUGGCGGAUGCACGGCCGCGGCGCGCUGCUCGGGGCUGUGGACCAGAGCCUCGGCACCGACGGGUUCGACGCCGGCGAGGCCACGCGGCUGCUGCUGCUCGGGCUGGCGUGCAGCCACCCCAACCCCGGCGACCGCCCCACCAUGCCGGAGGUGCUGCAGAUCCUGUCCGGGUCGGCGCCGCCGCCCGAGGUGCCGCAGCUCAAGCCGUCGUUCGUGUGGCCGCCGGAUGGCGGCGCCAGCGCGCACUACGACCUGAUCGACAUCGGCGCCCUCGCGAGCGGCAGCCUCGCCGCCGGCGGGAGCAGCGCCGCCGCCGCCGCCACCGCCGCCGACGACGACUCGGCGCGCGCCACGCGGGACACCGCCUCCGCCGGGUUGCGGCCGCCGAACAGCACCGGCGAUUUCUUCCCCGCGCUCUCCUCCGGCCGCUGAUGACGUCAUGAUGAUCACACGUGUCCAUGAAUUUAGAAAUUUGGACCGCCUUGGCAAUGCAUUUUGUCGCCAACUCGCCAUUGUAAAAGCAACUUAUAAAUAAAGUAAUACAAGUAGAAUGCUUUUUUUCCCAUAGUUUUUGUGUGUUGUAACAUAAAAUGUAGAUAGAUAUUAAGAUUGAUUUUUCUUGUUCUGAAAUUUUUCUGUUGUAUCAUACAUUCAUACUAGUUAGUAUAGUGACCAACCAAAAGUUUUUCUUA